UUUACAAUUUUAAAUUACGUCUUAUGAUUGUCGGCCAAGGUCGUAUAACAUAUAUGAAAAUGGAGUUAAAAUCAGAAUUCUUAUUCUUUCUUAUGCCAAUAAUUCUAGGGUAUGCUCCUGACAUAACAACUAUCCAAAUCGAGUUAUAAGGAAAAUCGACUGAUAUUGACACUACCUAAGUCUCACGGUCACCAUCACAAAUUGGUUGACCGAUACCAAGUAUUUGUGUCUCAACUCUCUAGCGACAUAGAUAUAUACUUCUUCGGAGUCGUCUAUCUGUGUCAAUAUCGACCAACAAAAAAAAACAAAUUAAGAAGCAGACCUUCUAGUUUCGGAAGUUCCAAUUGAAAAAGAGAUGUUUUACCUUUAACAAGAUACAUGUGUGCCUGAAAGGAACGUUUAUUAACAACACGUUAGUUAUGUCAUGUUAUGUUUCGGAGCUGAAAUUUGAUGUUGAAAUAACCGAUCCAUCAGACAAAUUGGUAGCAAAAUGUGUGGCACCAGUCAGGACCGAACUUAAGGGGUUGUGCACAAACCAGAGAACGACCCAAGAUCUAUCCACCAAUAUAACGACUUUAACUGUCGAUAAAACAGAGCAAAAUAACAUAACUGGUACAUGGAAAUGCAGUCAUGGCACGAAUCGUGAUUUCGAUUUAUUUGAUGUCCAGGACAAUUACGACGUCACUACAUAUAAUAAGCCACCAGAUUUCUUUAAAAAGAGUUCUCAAAGAAAUGAUGAUGGAAAACCCUUACUCAAAGAUUCGAAUGAUGAAAUCCUGAUCGCGAAAAGUUGUUGCUGUAAAACAUGUGAUCAAAUGACAGCCUUUUCAUUUUGUUUUGAGUGUAAAGAAUUUUAUUGCGAAUCAUGUUCCGAGCACCAUGGCCAGGAACCACCGUCUCAUACAAUUUUUCAAGUAAAACACAUUGAAACAGGCAGUCACAGUGUAAAGUGUAUGACAUGCAGUACUGGUAAUCCUGUUAAAGUUUGUUUUCAGUGCAAAAGACUUUUGUGUAGAGAAUGUUUAUGUAACCAUGUACAUAAAUCUUUAUUUAUAGAAAAUGAAACUAUAAAUAAAAAAGAUUGUGAACAUUGCAUUGUUAAAAUGGAUGAGGAUAUUGAGCGGUGUUUUACAAUACCGAUACCAGUAGACAAGUUACAUGUUCCAACUAGGAUUUGUGGUUUUGUCAUCCUAGAUGAAGAAAGGAUUGUCAUAGCUGAUUAUAGUAAUAGGGUAUUAAGAGUAUUGUCAGUGGUUAAUUCUGGAAAGAAAUUUGAACCGAUCAUAUUAGCUGGUGAACCCAGAGGAAUAGCUAGGAUGUUCGAUAGUAGGUUUGCUGUCACAUUUCCACAUGAUCGGAAAAUACAAAUUUUCGAUGUCACAUCUGUAGACCCUUCGAGUUCAAUGAAAGACAAACUUGAUAUGCAUUCUUAUGGAAAACCUUUCAGUAUCACUUAUAAUCAAGACAUAUUUGCAGUAGAAAUAGAUGAACGCGAAGAUGGCUACAUACUCAUCCUGACGAUAGACGGUGUCUGCCUUCAUAAAAUACAUCAGGCUAAACAAUAUGCCUACUUUACUGGACAUACUAUAAGACUUGCCUUGGACAAAGCAAACCAGCGUUUAUUCAUUUCUGCAAUGAGUAAAAGGGCAGUCACGUGCAUAGAUUUUAAGGGACAGAAAAAAUGGUCUGAACAGCUUACAAGUCCAAGAGGUUUAUUCUUUCUACAAGAUCUUGACAAAUUGAUACUUGCAAGUAAACGGCGGAAUGCUAUUUAUCAACUAAACACCCUCAAUGGAUAUGGUAGGAUCUUGGCUUCAUGUGGUGACAUUAUAUCACCUCGAUAUGUUGCUUAUGAUCAAAGAACAAAACUUCUGUGAGUACAAGCAUAUGGUGAUGAUGAUGAAGAUAAGAUUGUUGUGAUGAAAUAUAAGUAAACAAUGUGUUUUGAUGGAAUUUUAAAAUAUGACUACAAUGUAUUUUUGUAAACGUUGCAUUUCCUGUCGAUGGUCGGUGGAUUUCUCCGGGUAAUACAGCUUUCUUUAACAAUAUAAACAGGCCGCCAUGAUAUAGCCAAACGUGCUUAAAAUGGCGUUAAUCGUUGUUCACGUUAUCGUCUCCAAUCAUAUAUCGUUGGUAUAUUAACCCGAAUAAUUCAGUCCCUCCCCGUGAUCGACUCUCCCACUCGUUAAUGUAGCCAUCAUAGAGCAGUGGAAUAUAACGACUGAAUUAUUCGGGUUAUUGGUAUAUUGGUUUUUUUCUAAAUUUAGUUCUUUUUUCAUAUUGUCUUACAUAAGAAGAUGUUGUCAUUAAAGAUAUCAUCAUUAAGAAAUAUCCAACACGAUAUGAUGUUUGGUAUACAGUUUUAAAAUACUAAUGUUUUUGGACAGAUCAAAUUUACUGCAAAAUGUAGUUUUUGAAUAUCAGGAGAUGUGAGGUAUUCAUUAAUGCGAUAGUAUAAAGACAUUUACACAGCGAAUAACACUGGUGGAGAUGCCCUUGUUUCUGAUUGUUGAAGGCCCUAUGGUGACUUGUAGUUGUUUACAUUCUCGUCCUCUAGAUCUGGUAGAUAGUUGUAUCAUUAGCAAUCAUACCAUAUCUCCGUAUUUCAUAUCGUUUGAAAUGAAGGGAUUUGAGUAAAAGAAGUUCUUGGUG